AUGCAAUCAGAUACCACCCAAGAAAAGGAUCUUUCAAAAUUAACAUCUAAAAAUGAUGAAUUAACCAAACAAGAUGCAAGUCUGAGGAAAGAAUACACAACAUUGCUACGGAAAAUGACCAGUGUAAUUUCAAUACUUUCAGAUCUAGAACCUGGUUUCCAAGACAAAUAUACAAACAAUGAUGUGCCAACUCUAAUAUCAGAGGAGACUGUAAAUAUAGCUCCUAAACUGCAGUGGUACAACGAGCAAAUUGAACAGAUAUCAAAAUUGAAAAUUGAAGAUAUAACACUUCCUGAAGAGACAUUAGAAUUAUAUAAUCUAUAUAAGGAAUCACCUUUAUUAUUUAAGGAUUUGCAUUCGUAA